UACGCUCCUUUGUGAUGAUGCGUCACCGAUUCAAAGAUCUAUCAGCUGUGUUCAAAGUUGGCGGAUCGUGGAUUGCUCGUCGUGUCUUUCGAUAAAUCGCGUUAUCGAUUUUCCGAAAUGCCGAAUUUCACGAAAUGGCAUUUCGCGCUACUUGUUAUCACGUGCGUGUCCUUUGGCCACGCCCUGGAAUGUUACGUUUGCACGGAUCAGGAGGGCAAUCAGGAUAAGUGUCUCAAUACUAUUAAAACCUGCGAGCAGGGACAGGAUUCUUGUCUCACGGAUAUCAGAUGGGGCAGUAGGCCGUAUUGGACUCAGGGUGCCAAGAAACAAUUUUACGUAUCUAAAAGAUGCGCCACUAAAAAGGAAUGCGAGAGAUCACAGCGGAACAGUAUGUCUGAUUGUACUUAUAUCUGGUAUCUAGACUGGCAGUGUUUUUCUUGCUGUCAAGGUGACAGAUGUAAUUAUUACGUUAUUUCUGCUGGAAACGAAACGAAACUAUAUAGGGGAAUAUUUGCCAUAACAAUUUUGAUCUCAUUGUUGGGCAUAUUGAGGUUUUAAUGACAAUGAUUUUGCAGAAAUGAUUGAGGUUGACGUUUUAGUCAGCUAACAAGUAAUCAAUCUCAACAUUCCAGACUGGCAGAUGAAAAAUCUUUUUCUUUACAACGACGAUAACUGACAAAUAUUACAUGCAAGAUAAUUUUACAUUUUUCUAAUAUGUCUGAAUGCGUCUGAUUACAUUUCAGAAAUCUGAUUUUUUAUGUUGUAUACAGUCUUGUCUCGCAAUAUCGUUUCAUAAUGAUAGUUUUAAAAUAAGUGUUCACAUUCACGUAAAUUAUUCAGGCAAACGUAAAUGCAUUUAUAGUAGAUAAUACAGCCACAAAUAUUUAUCGAGUUUAAAUCUCUAUAUCUGAUCUUAACACUAUAUUGUAAGACAUUUAAUCCGUCCAUUUGAAACAAUGUUUCAUUUGUUA